AUGACGUCGAACCAAGAGCUCAGCCAAUCCUCGGAAGGUUCCAACCACAUGGUGGACGUGACGAAAGAUGUGGAGAAGGGAGAAGAACUGAAACACCAUUUGACAAACAGUUCCGUCAGCCGGUUUUCCUGGUCGGAUGUGGGAGUCAUCGUGAAGGAUCGGAAGACGAAAAAACCUUUGCAAAUUCUCAGUUCCAAUUAUGGAUACGUCGAGGCGGGAAAUGUGCUCGCUCUCAUGGGGCCCAGCGGAAGCGGUAAAACUACACUUCUGAACGUGCUUGCUCACCGUACAUCAUCGAUGAAAGGCGAGAUUCAGGGGAGGAUCAUGUUGAAUGGGCAAGUCACCAACGAGAACACCAUCCGACAAGUAUCUACCUAUGUUGAGCAGGAGGACGCCAUGAUUGGUAUCUUGACACUCCGCGAGACAAUUGACUUUGCCGCGAGGCUCGCACUUACGGGAAAGAUGUCGAGAAAAGAAAGAAUUGCACGGGUAGAUGAACUCGUCGAGUCAUUUGGUCUUCAGCGACAGGCGGACACCAUCAUCGGAACUCCCCUUCGAAAAGGUCUUAGCGGUGGUCAAAAGCGCAGACUCAGUAUCGCCAGUCAACUUGUCGCCUCUCCACGCGUACUCUUUCUCGAUGAACCAACAAGCGGACUUGAUUCGGCUGCCAGCUUCGAAGUGAUGAGGUACAUCCGGCAAGUUGCCAAGGAAAAUCAUUUGAUCGUCAUUGCCUCCAUCCAUCAACCCUCGACAACGACUUUCCAACUCUUCGACCAAUUGAUGCUGUUGUCUGAGGGGAAAACCUGUUAUUUCGGAGCCAUCUCGGACACUCCAAGAUACUUCGAUCGUAUCGACAGACCGAUUCUCUUACACAUCAACCCGGCAGAGUUUCUCCUCGAUUUGGUCAAUGGCGACUUUAGCCAAAAUGCAGCCGUUGCAGAAGGUCAACUGCGCUAUGUUCAAGACUCGUGGUCUUCCUCGGAUGAACGCCAGGCUCUUGGGGCCUCAAUUGCUUCCCAGUCGGGAUCGGAUAACGCAUUUCGGGUCGGCAACGGUCGCAUGUCGCACAAGAACGCCCUAGCUGUCUCUUGGGUGCUCCUCCACCGGAACUACAUCAAAUCAUACCGUGAUUUCAUUGCUUACGGAACUCGUGUCGUCAUGUACUUUGGACUGGCCAUUAUGAUGGGCACUGUUUGGCUCCGCUUAUCCUACAAUCAAAAUUCUAUCCAACCAUUCACCAAUGCGAUUUUCUUUGGCGGGGCAUUUAUGUCUUUCAUGGCCGUAGCCUAUGUUCCUUCGAUUGUUGAGGAUCUACACACGUUCCGCAAAGAGCGUGCCAAUGGACUCUAUGGGCCCUUUCCGUUUACCGUGGCCAAUACGCUUAUCAGUAUUCCUUGGCUAUUCAUCAUCUCACUAAUGUUCUCCAUCGUCACAUAUUGGCUGGGUCAUUUCAACCCUACAGCAGGUGGAUUCUGGAUGUGGGUUUUAUGGCUGUUCUUAGAUCUUCUGGCAGCUGAGGGCCUUGUCGUGCUGGUGUCAUCCAUUGCUCCCAUCUUUGUUGUCGCUUUAGCGAUCACUGCAUUUGCCAAUGGAUUGUGGAUGUGCGUCAAUGGUUUCCUUGUGCCCAUGGGAAUUCUUAAUCCAUUCUGGAAAUAUGUUUUCCACUACAUCAAUUACCAGGCCUACGUCUUCCAGGGAAUGAUGAUCAACCAAUUCCGGAGCACCACUUACAAUUGUGCUAAGCUGGCGACUGGAUACCAAUGCAUGUACGCUAGUGAUCUUGAAUCCGAAGGCAAGAUCCGUGGAACCGCUGUCCUCGAGGCUUACAAGUAUCCUUGGUCUGAUGACAAGAUCGGUGAGUGGAUAGGGAUUCUGUUUGCCAUUAUCGUUGCCUAUCGACUGCUUGGAUACACAGUUUUGGUAUUCAAAAGGCACUGA